UUUAGACAAUUUUAACAUACCGGAAAUGUCAAAAGACGGAAGCGCGGAAUUUUAAAACGUUGAAACACAAAGAAAUGACAAGUGAAAGUGUCGAUGAUUAUUUCAGUAUUAGUGACAUUCUUACAACACAAGAACGAUUGCCAUGCAAAGUUGAACUACCUAUUUACAGAUUAGGGUACCUUGAUAGCAGUUCUACUAGUGAUGAUUUACAGCCAGGAACCAAGCUAGAUUUGUCAUUCUGGAUGGCCAGAGCUUUGUGUAGCAGGAAACGUCAUAUUGUCAGUGUAGAAAUGCCACGACCGUACAGAGAAGGUUAUAGGGAAAUAUUAACAGCAGAUGCUAAUGUGGUUGAUCUCCAUAAAUUAGGACCCUACUAUUAUAGCUAUGGGUCACAGUUACUGAAGUUUGAACUGCCAGAAACUGCAGAUGUAGCAAAAAGUUUAAUAAAGUGCUUUCAGACAAGGAUAAGGAAAAUCAUGGACUCGUCUCAGAAUGCUUAUAAUGAAGACACUACAAAAUUAACAGAGAAAUUAGAUGAGACAGAGAAAUGUUUGUUUAAAGCAGGACAGAUGGGACUGAACGAUUUUCAAAGGUGGGAAACCAGACAAACAGAAAAAUUAACAACAUCAGAAAUGGUUAGAAGUCACAGAAAACGUAAAAGAGCUUUAAUGGAUGAUUCUUGACCAAAUUUUAAUUUUUUCAUUUAAUAUAUUUUAUAUUGAUUUUAAAUCAGAUGAACUUAUUUAAAUCUUGUUGACUAUUGAAAUAUGCAUCACUGGUAAAAAUAAAAACAAUUGUAUAUAUGACAAUGUGGUCACCAAUAAAGUGUCUUUUAAGUUUGUUUAAUACCUUCAAUGUAUUCUGUAAAGACUAAUUUCAUUGGAUAGCUGUCUGGCUCCCACAAUAUUAUUAUAGUCAAUGGUGCAGAGAUUGAUUAAACACCAACAAUUAAUUUAUGAGCUUCAAAUGCAUGGUAACAAAGUUAUUUAUAAUGUAGAAAGUUGUUUAAGAGGUUAUGACAUUGAAUUCCUAUACAUGUUCAUGCAAAUAAUCUUAAAGUGUAACUGUUGAUAUUUUUUUAAAUGAUUCUAUUGAUAUUAAAACUCCUUCUUUCACAAAAAACAGACUAAACAAAUUACGUAAUGAAGGUAAAUAUAUGUGUAUGGCAGAGUUUGCACCUUAAAAUAACCUGUAUUAAUAUCUGAUGAAUAUUGAAUGAUAGGGCAGUUACAAGUUGACGGUUUUGAUUUUUACAUUCUUUAACACUUUAUUAUUGAUAUUUAACCAUUUUUUUCCGAUUGUCUCUGCUUAGAAAUUGGGGAAUGAUACAAGACUUAUUUGAUGAUACUUAAUAAUUAAGUUAUACUGUAGCAAGUUCAAUCAAUUUUUAUUUUAUAUACAUGUAGUUGAAUUACAAUAAAAAAUGCAUUUAUUCACAA